AUGGUGGACGUUAAGGAUAUUCUAGUCUAUGUCGGCACGAUUGUUGUCUUUGUCUUGCAGCAAGUGCUCGGAAACACGCUCUACAUCAUCAUCAAAGCCCACCAAAACUACCCCGAUCUCACUUCGGUGAUCUUCAUCUUGGUUGGAAUUUACCUCAUCCACAAGAUAUUUAUCAAGUCGAUCAAAACAUGGUUCAAGCUUAUGGUCACCGCCGUCAAGAUCAUGCUUGUGCUUUCGUUUUUCCUCGUGGCGUUCAUCAUCUAUGCGCGUGGCUGGGAAAGGUUCACCAAGCAGGACCUUCCGUUUCUCAACUCAAUAGUUAAGGGCCUCGUUAACUUGAGUAGCAACGCCACCGCUUCACAGGGAGGGUUCAGUCCUUGGUCGUUGUUGAAAUUGCUAAACCCCAACGCCAAUGUCAAUGCAAAUGCCUUUUCACAACAGGGGGGAACCAGCGGCGAGCCUUUGGAUGAUGGCGAAGCUUAUUUGAACUACAUGAAGCAGAAAUUUGGAGACGGUUCUCAAGCUGACGCGUCGAAGGAUUACCUGCAGAUUCACAAAUUGGUUGAAGAAGGGGUCAAUUAUGUGCAGAAUAACGUAAAUUUUGACGAUUUGGGUUACAACUUGAUUGAUUGGUUGAGCCGAUACCAACCUUAG